AUGGAAUUCUUCAAUUAUAAUAUUCUGAUGUUGGCGGUGUUGUGUUUGGCGCUAUUUACAACGACGAAUAGCAGCGUCAUCUCAGAAGAUGUAGAGGAUGUUUUCGAUUUGACUACUAAAGUGUUGGAAUACGUGUCGAAGACGUGGGAUGUCGUGAAUAAAGUCGAAGAACACGCGGGCGACGAAAAGGCGCCUCUCGUAUGGUUCACCAAGACAAAAGAACGGAGAAUUUUGACCAGCUUUGGGCGCAUUACUAAUCUGGUUAAAAUGACACAAACGGAAACAGACGACAUACGGACCAUGAUGUUAAGUAAUCUCAAGAAACUCCAAUCCAUACCUGAUGCUACAUUAAACGGAAUUCAAGUGAAUGAGCUUUUAGAGUGUGUUAGAUCAAUUGAAAACGAUUUUAGUACCAUGGAAGGUUUGUAUUUAUACAUAAUAUAUAUUUAUUGUAGUUCCGUUUAUUAUGUUUAAUGGUCAUCAUUCAUAUAAUGGUUACUUUUUUUAAAUUAAGAAUUACUCUUUUCUUAAUAAGUCUGCUUUAAAAUUUAAACCAUAGUACCGUAGUACUAAAUGCAACAAUUUUCAAUAUUUUAUUUUUACUGAGUUUGCUAAGAUUUAUUAUCAUAUAUCUAUCAAAAAUGUAGUACCUACAUUUGUAUACAUAUUUCUAUACAUAUCUUUCUAGAAAUUGAUGCCAAACAAAUUUUUUACUCUCCUAUUAUUAAUUUAUCAAUAGUAUUCAAUAAGAUCAGUUUCUUCAAUUAGCUUGUAGUUUUUUUUUAUUUUAACAAAUUUAAUUGUAAAAGUUAUCUUGCACUUAAUUAUUUAAAUUAUUAAAUACUGAAAACCUUUUUUUUUUAUUGAUUAGAUGCUUCCAUUCCAGUGUUGAUGUAUUUAUAUGAAGAUAUUAUUUCUAAAAAAUUAGGUUUUAGUUGAAAGUGUUUAUAUUGUUUUUUAUUUAGAGUAUAAAUUUGGAGGAAUUGAUACUGAUAAAAGUAUAAAUCCUUCAUUUACAUCUUAUACACUAGAAAAAUUUGCUGAUGGGAUGUUGUCAUAUUCAUCUGGAGCGCCCCAUAAACAAAUGGCAAAAAUUCAUUCUUUCAUUGUUCCGGAAUGGGAAGAAUUUGACUUUUAUACACACGGUGGUGUGUUUAAUCUAGUCAUAGAUACUAUGGUAAGUGAGUUUAAUAAUAAUUAUUAUUAUAAUUUACAAAUAGUAGGAUGAUGUGGGGUACUUGGUUGUAAAUUGGUGCAAAGAAAAAUUAUGUAAAAUAAUGUUAUAAUUUUUUUUUUACAUAUUAUCACAACUUUUUAAAAGUAUAAACAUAUUUUGAUAUUGUGCAUUGGUUUUAAACACGAAAAUGGGGCAAUUGUAAUUGUGUGUAUAAUUCACACUUGGGAUUCAUAAAAUGAUCAUGAAUUAUUAUAUCUCAUAUUGCUCCAAUUAUAAUUUUAUAAUAUUCAAUUGCCCCUGUUACAAUUUCAUAAUACUCAAUAUGUUCCAUUUUGUUCAUUUACAGUUCCCUUAAAAAAGUUGUAACCAUUUUUUUUAUGAGGCAAUUGUAAAUAUUGAAUUAAAAAUUAAAAAAUGCAUUUUUAGCAUUUUUUAUGUGUAACCUUUUUUUUUAAAGAAUCAUUAAUUGAUUUUAAGCACUAAAAUAUAAUGCAAAUAAUAUUAAAUUUUCUUUAUAAAUAUUGCAUUGUUUAUUUACUAUUACUCCAUUUUACCCUACCUAUAUUGUGUUGUUCUAAAUACUUUUAGUAAAACACAUUUGAUUAUAAUUAUACAUUUAAGUUAUUUAUUACAUUUUAUGAUUAAACAGUCAUUAAAUAAAUAUGUAUUAGUUAAAAUAAUUGUAAUUGAAUUUAAAAGUUUUGAUUUAAACAAAUUAAAUUAUCAAGUCAUUAAUUAAAAUAUUUUAAUUAUUAUAUUAAUAGAUAAUAUAUAUGAAUUUAAUAGACAAUAGUUUUAUAUUCAAUGGUAUUUUAACAUAUUAUUUUCACAUUAAUUAUAAUUACUAAAUUUAUUGAUAUUGAUGGGGUGUUAAUUAUAAUAAAUACAAUUUAUACAACAUUAUGAGUUAAUCGUGUUAAAAAAAAAAAAAAAAUUGAGUUAUUAGCUACUAAUUAUAUGAAUUCAAAAAUAAAUGUUGUUUGUUACAACAAAUUUUUUUGUACAACUACUGUUAUAAUACUUAUGAGUAGAGUCUAGAUUUAUACUCUUUUAAAAUAUCCAAAAUAUUAUAAUGCUUGUAUUCUCUAAAAAUAUACUUUUAUAUUAACAAUUAGUUCUCUGAAUAUCAAAAUAUGCAUUAAUAUAGAGGGGGGGGGGAAUUUUUUUUUAGAUUCUUUAGUAAUAUAAAUCGAGGCAUAUCUAGUACAAAUUCCACUAAUUAUGUAUACUGCAUGUAUCAUUAUAUCCAAAAUAAAUAUGUAUUUCAUUGAUAUUAAAUAAAUGAUCAGUUAAAAAUGCUUUUAAAAUGUCCAUAGAUUUUUAAUAUAUAGGAUUAUUUUAAUUUAUAUAUUUAUAUUAGAUGAAAUAAUGUAAAAAUAAAUUUAUUUAUGAAUAUAUUCCAUUUACACUGAAAUAUGCAAAAUAUUUUUAGAUUCUGAGUGAAGCGAAGAAGUUUAUGGUUUUACAAAGAUGUUUAUUAUUACUUUUUUAUGUGAAUACUUUUUAUACCAGAAAGCUCACCAAUGUAUAAAAUGUAGAAUAGUAGAUCUUUUUUUGCAAUUUUCUUGGGGUGGUACUUUAAGGAAGUCAUUUUUUUGAUUUUCAGUACAGUUUUCCCAAUAAAAGGGAAAAAGUGAGAAAAACGGGAAAAUAUAUUUAGUAUUAGUAAAAUAUUAUGAUUUUUUUUUCUUUGGACAACUUUUCUACUAGGAAUUUUGCUUCAACUUAUAAUAUUGUAUAAUAAGCAAUUUUUCUGAAAGAAAAUCUGACUGGAAGGUACUUAGGGGAGAUUAUUUUUUGAUUUUUCAAAAGUUUUCCCAGCAAAUGUGAAAAACCUAAAGAAAUUGGUACAAUAUUAAACAAAUAUUAUUAAAGAAAAUAUAUAAUGCUUCUUUAAAUAUUUUACUAUAAUAUGAUAUAUAUAUGUUGAAAAGGCAUCACUAUCAACUGAACUCUUGUCAGAAUUUGUUUUCAUUAGCAAUGGUUUAUCAUUGCUUACAGAUAUACAUUAAAUUCCCCUCUAUAUCCUACCUUUCUAACUUCUCACCUACAACAUUGGCUGCACUUGUUCCCAUUAUCCUAGGACAGCUUUUUGAAAUUUAAAUUCAUAGCAAGGCUUGAUUAAGGUUUUUGCCACCCAUAGGCUAUAAUAAAUUUAUCACAAUUAAUAUUUUACUCCUAAAAGCGGUAUGAAAAUAUAGCUUACCCAUAUUUUAAAAAUUCAAAAUAACAAAAUUUCAGCUAUAAAAUGAUUAUAAUUUUUAUAUAAGUAAAUAUCAAAAUAUAGUUCAGCUCUACAAACAUUUUUCAUGUUGCUCCACAUAGAGGAAAUAAUUUGUUUACUUAAAUAAUAAAUAUAUUUCUUAUUGGUUAAUAGUUACAUCCAAUUUGUAUUAUAAUAGUAAAUUUUAUACUUAAUUACUAUAAGAAUAUGUACAAUGAUUGAUUUAAAGUCAAUAAGUAUUAAGUAUCAAUAACUUUAUUACUAUAAUGGGAAUUAUUUACAAUAUUAUAUAUAAUUUUAUCAUAAUUGUUUAUAAUGUAUAUAUGGUUCUAUGAUGGUUCAAAAUAUCCAUUAUUAUUCAUCACAUCAAAUUCAAGCUCUGAACUGGAAAUUUAACUAUGUUUUCUUAGAAUAUUUGAUAAUUUUGAAAUGCAUACACUUAAUUUUAUGCUCGAUAUUAUUACCAAUAAAAUAUUAUUUCAGUAUCCUUGUAUUAAACUUUCAAAUCAUGAUUCCUAAAAGAUAGGUUACGAUAUUCAAGACUUGUCGAAAUUAUUUUAUUUUCCUAAAAUGUAUAAAUUAAAUAUCUAAAUAUGAUUAUAUUGACACAGACUUCCUUUUAUAUUAUUCAAUGUGUACUUAAAUAAGUGGGUUGUACCUUGUGUGUACAUAAAAUUGCAUAUUUAUAAUUUAAUAACAAUGAAAGGAAUAGUUAAAAUAAAAAAAAGGAAUAAAAAAAUAGUUUAUUUUAUUUAUGUAAACAUAAUAUUAUAAUAUACAAUAAAAAACGUUUAUAUAAUAUCAUUACCAUGUCUCAGAUUUCAAAGUAAUGACUAAUCAUAAAAACAAAACAUUAUCAAAUAACGAAUAACUUAAUAUUGUGCAUUGGUUUUAAUAUACAUAACGUUUUUUGUAUACAAACGUUUUUCAUAAAAAAAAAAAAUAAUAAAAAAAAAAAAUCUGAUACUGGAAACAUGUGCAGCUAUUGUUGUAGUUAGUAAGGUAGGAUACAUAAAGUUAAUUAAUUUAAAUCUGUAUGCAAAAAUAAAUUAUUGCUAAUGAAAAACAAAUUGGAGCGAUGUUCAAUUAUACAUAUUUUAAAAUGCAAUCAUUUUUAAGAUUUUUGUCUAAAUAUGAUCUUUAAAUACUUAUGAAAAAAAAACUAAGGCAUUUAAUUAAUUUUUUUAGUGCAAUCUUUAAUGUAUCUUGAGGUAAAUUAUCAAGCAUUUCUCUUAAGUCAUAUAAUUUAAAUAACAGAUACCUACUGGAUAAAAAUACGAAAAAAAAGAAGUAAAAUAUAGAUCCCAGUGCAGCCACUGAUGUAGGUGGGAAGUUGGGAAGGUAGGAUAUAGACGGGAAUUUAAUGUAUAGCAACGAUAAACCAUUGCAUACAAAAAAUGAUUCUGAGUGAAGUUCAGUCAAUAGUGAUGCUUUGUCAACAAUAUAUAUGUCAUUUUAUAGAAAAAUAAUUAAAUAGGCUCUAUAUAUUUUCUUCAAUAAAAUUUGUUUAAUGUUGUACUGAUUUUCCCAAUUUGUUUAUGUUUUUCCGGUUUUUCAAAUUUGAUGAGAAAAUCGAAAAAUGGCCUUAAAUAAAGUAUCUCCCAAUACCGAUUUUAGAAAAUGUGCUCACAGAAAAUACAAGCAAGUCUUCUAGUAGAAAGCACAGAUAAAAAAAAAAAAUAAUAAUAAACAUCUUUGUAAGAUCAUAAGCUUUUUCGCUCCACUUAGAAUAUAAAAUAUCAAAUAAAUAAAAAUAGUUAAAAUGUUUUAAAAAUUGUGCCACAUUAACAUAAGGACAAUAUAAUUUUUUUUUGAAAACUACAGGUCUACAAUAAUUUCAUAAAAAACUCAAAUGUCCUUUAAUACAUUUUUCUAAGUAUUUCAAAAUUAUCUGAAAAUCUAUACUAAGAAUCAAACAACUUUCCUACUUCCAAACUGGACACUUUUUUUCAGAAAAUUCUAUUCUUGAAAUUUGGACAAAUAUUUCUAGUAGAAAUGUAUAAUAUUAAAAAUUCUAAGUAAUGAAAUGGUUGCGCCAUAUUUUUGGUAUUUUUGGUUUUUCUUAAUUAUGAAAACUUCUUUAGAUAUAAAAAUAAUUACUUUCUUUGUCAGUAAAUACAUAUCCAUCUAUUAUCAUUUUAAGAUUAAAGUAAUAUUUAAGGUAAAAAACAUAAUUUAAACAAAUUAAAAACAAUGAACUUGGUAAAACAUUCUGAGUGGAGAUGGUUGAUAAUAAUGAUAGUGUUGCUAAAAUAAUGACAUAAAAUGCAUAAAAAAUAUAUAUCAUAUAUAAUGAUAUAUUUGCUUUAAUGAUAUUUAUUUAAUAUUAUACCUAUUUUACCAUUUUUCCAUUUUUACAAUUAACAGGCAAAACAACUAGAAAAAUCAAAAAAUGACCUCUAUAUAUAAUGACCUCAUAAUGCAUAUGUAAUUAUAUUUUACCAUAAUAUGACAUAUAUUAUAUUUUUGGCGUAGAAACACUAUCGACUUUACUCUGCUCAGAAUAGUUUUUUCGUUAGCGAUGGUUUAUUGUUGCUUACAGAUGUACAUUAAAUUACUUAUAACAUUGACUGCACUUGGCCCCAUUAUUCUUGGACGUCUUAUUUUCAUUGCACACAAUAUUAUAAUCAUUUAUAAUAUUCAUUGUAAAUAUAUAUAUCACUAUGUACAAUAUUAAAUUAUGGUUAACUUUUAAUUUAGUUAAAUUAAUAGAUGAUUUCGAAUUAACAUUUAACCAUUAACUUUAUUUAGAUAUUAAUUUAAUUUAACUGAGUUAAAAAUAUCAUUAACUUCCCCAGCCUAGGUACAUCAAUGAAUAAUAUCUUUCCAAAUGUGUAAAAAAAAAUGUUUAGUUAUGUUAAAAUAAUUAUAUUACAUGUUGACUAAAAUUCAGUAAAUGUUAAAUUAAUAAGUGGGCAGAAACUUUUGUAUUUUCCCGGGCAUAAAUCUUUCCCCAAUCCUGCUUGUAGUACUUCCUUACAACUCGAAAUACAGUGCGGUGACCAAAUAGCCAAGAAGACAGGGUCGUCUAAAUCUCGUCAUGUCGUUCGUGACCAGGUUUUCAACCGUGGCCUUGAGAGGUCAGUUUAGCUAGUCGGUGAUGGGUACCCUCUUGCCUGGUGUCUUAGUCUUAAAUUGCCUUUUGAAUCGUGCUGUUCUCCACCACAGCCGUCCUUUCGUCCUCUUCAUUGCGGCGAAGAAUGUCCUCCACAAUAUGGUAGAAACAUUGUGUGCCGCGUUGGAAGGCGGAGAUUAACUGCUGUUGUCUUUCCGGGAUGGCAAAUCGAUUAUGUCACAAAGCAGGUCCUGGAUGUCCCUCAGAGAGAUGUUCCUGCCACUUAAAUAUUUGACCUUGUGCAAAUGUCUUAUUGAAAAAAAUCGUAAAAAAUAGUGAUACACUGAUAUGCAAUUGAUAUACGUACCUAUGGGUAUACUUGCAUAUUACAGAUUAUACAAUAGGUAUACGCAUCAACAAAAAAAUUAGGUAGUUGUUAUACCCGCGUAUACCUUUGACUACACCACAUGAAUUUUCUGGUAGAAAAACAAAUUAAAAAAAGGACGGACUUACUACGCGCGUGGGUGCAGCUACUGUUGUAGGUGAGAAGUUAAGAAGGUAGUAUACAGACGGGAAUUGAAUGCAUAUUUGUAAGCAACGAUAAACCAAUACUAACGAAAAAACGAUUCUGAGCGGAGUUUAGUUGAUAGUGCUGCUUUCUCAACAAUACAAUAUAUCAUAAUGAUACAUGUCAUAUUAUGGUAAAAUUAUUACAACAAUGUGAGUUUUCAUGACAACAGUGAUUUUUUAGAAAAAAUAACAUUUUAAUAACAAAAAAAGAAAUAAAAACAGUUUCCAAUGACAAUCUAAUUUUUAAUCUUUUAAUCUCUUUUAACCUAAAGAACCAGGUUUUCCUCAUUGUCCCGAAUAUAAAUGAGAAUUUCAAAAAAAUUGACCUCUUUAAAGUAACACUAAGAGAACAUUUCCUUUCAGAAAACCUGCUAUACUUGGUAAUUGGAGUAUGCUUCCUGGUAAAAAAGUGUUUAAAAAAAAAAUAAACAUCAUUGUAGAAAUGGCAAUUUUGAAAAUUUUCUAAUGUAAAUAAAUAAAGGGGUUUUUUUUGGUAUUUAGGGUAUGAAAAAAAAUUAAAUUUUUUCCUGAUCGAUGUCCCCAUCUAAGAAAAAUCAAUUAAAAAAAAAUCUUAAAAAUUUAAUAUUAACAGCGCUAGAAAAAGUGGGAUACACUGUAUGCUUUAUAUAUAUUCCCUUUAAAAAAAAAUGUUCACAUUUUGAAUUUUGUGUUUUAGAAUCAUUCAGAUAUGCUUUGUGAUCAAAAACAGUCAUUACAACAACUAGUUUAUAAUUUGUACACAACAUUACAUCUUACUCAGUUAAAAGGUUAUUCUGUCAUACAGUUUUCAUGGAUGUUAUUACAAAAUUAUGGAAAAGGUACUUAUAUUAUAUUUAUUAUGGUUGUUCAUAAAAUACUUCAGUAUUUAUAAUGGUUAAGUUGAUUAAGUUAUGAACAUUAUUAACAGUUUUAAAAAGUAUCUAAAUCAUAAUUAUAAGUAUAGUUAUUUUCUUUCUUUACUAUUAGGGAAUUUCACAUAUGAAAGAAUUAAGCAAACUGAAAUAUUCAAAAAAAAAAUAACUGAACAACUUUUAGCAGCACAAAAUGUUAUAGUUACGGCAAGUAACAUGUAUUGGAAAUGUGAUCCCGAAAAACAUAUUAAAGGCAAAACGUAUUUAGAAGUUACUCAGUUAUUGCAGGUAAGGUUAAUUUUAUAACUAUCCAAACCAUUUAGGAAAAUAAGAUCUUAAAGUAAAAUUUUACUAAUUUUUUAAUGGUAGGGCUAUAUAGAAAAUGAAGCUGAUAUGAACUAUGAAGGUAGUUGUAUGAAAAAUUGUGCUUACUAUGAAGUUGGAGAACAUAAAUCAUGUAAUCGUGACCAAUUUUGUGCCAAACAACAAGUUUGUCCUGGACGUAUCUUAAAUUGUCAGUUUUUUGAUUCUGACAUGCGGAUUUGUCAAUCUGUGCGUAAAUAAACAAAAACAAUUUUAAAAAAGUUCACAUUAAUUGACUUAAAUUUUGUUUUAGCCAUUUGGAAGCAACAGACGAUAUGAUUAUAUAUCAUAUGAGAAUGGAAAAGUUUUAGGAGACUCAUCAAAUUGCAAAGGAACAAUGAGUAAUGUUGAUAGUUGGUGGGUUUAUCUUUUAUGGCAUUGUUCAUAUUGUUUCUGUUUAUGUGAUUCUAAAGAAUCAUCUUCUGAUCGUCAUUUUAGUUUAAAGCCAUCUUUAUCUGACAUUGAUAAAAACAAGUAACAUUUUAUUAACAAAUUGCUCAAUUUUAUUAAUUUUGUAAUUUAAUUUUUAUGUCUGAUUAGAGUUGUAACUGGUAUCCGGUUUACAAAAGUCAAACAAAUGUUCCAUUUACAAGUACAAGAAGGUGAUCUUGGUCCUCGAGGUCUAAUUAUUGAAUCUUCCAGACAAUGGGUUGAAGUACCUGGUCCUGAAUUUUCAUUCAAAAAUAGAACAUUAAAAGAGGGUGUUGAUUUUCACACAUUAACUUAUACUGCUCGUGCUUUGGACCUUGAUGAUGUGCAUGCACCAAAUGAUACAGUUGUUACAGGUUAAAGAUUUAUUUUUCUGAUCUUAUGUUUAUUUUUUCUAUAUUGAAAUUAAAUAUUUUAAACUUAGGUGUAAAGUUUAGAAUGAUUGGAUCCCAUUUAAAUAUUGAAAUUCGUGUAACUCCUUUUGACUUCAUGACUGGUAAAUUGAUUGAUCCUGCAACAAAAAGUAAUUGGAUUGGAAAUGAUAAUACCGAAUUUUCUAACCCACCAAGGUUUGUAAACCUAUAUAGUUUCUAUAAUCUUACUCAUUUAUUUACAACCAUUUUAUAUAAUAUUUAUAGGAUUGAAAUUGAUAUUAGUAAUUCAGAUUUGCCAACUAAAUCACCAAAUUUGUCUGAGAUGGACAUGUCUUCCAACAAAUAUCUCUUUUUUACACAUUCUUCUAUUGACCAUGAUGUUGCUCAAACUACAUUACCUUUUAUUGACAAUCAGAUAGUGGCACCAUAUCCAGGAGUUCCACUUUCUGGUGUAGGAAUUUACUUCAAAGGCAAAAAGAACUAUGCAGGAUACAUAGGACCUAGUGUUUUUACUUAUGAUUUAAGUAAAAACAUAAAUUCAGAGUUAUUCACCAUAGAAACAAUGUAACUAUUUUUAUCAUUUUAGUUUGAUAUAUUAUUAUGUAUAUUUUUAAUCAUUUAAUGAACACAAUAUUUAAUUUUUUUUUUUAUGGCUUUCACUACUGUAAUUUGUUUUAAAUAAGUGCCAAAUUAAGAAAUAUAACAAAAUUUAAAGUAGGUUGAACAAGAGUUUUAUUUUAUUUUUAUUUUCUUAUAUUUUCUUUUUUUUUAAAAUUAAGAUCAAAUUUCAUUUAUAGUGUUUUGUUAGAAUAUUUUAUAUUUUUUUUAUUUAAAUACAUUAUUUUAAGUAAUUUUUAAUUCUCAUAAUCUAGAUAGUUCUUUAAUUAUUAUGUUUUGUAUAGUAUAAUAAUUUUAUUAAACAUUAAUAUUCAUAUAUUUUUUCAAUAUAUUAUUACAUUAUUAAACUAUCAAUUUUAUUAUGAUCAAAUAUUAUAUUCUUUACUUAUUGUAUUUAUUAAUCUCAUUGAUCAAUUUAUGUAAUCAAUUUAAAAAUAUAAAUUUAGUAAAUAUACAUGUUUUUUUUCCUCUAUAAAUUAUGUGUUUACAUUUGAUGCCCAAACAAAUAAGAAAUAUUUUUUUGCAAAAAAAAAAAAAAAUAAAAUGUUUUAUUACUUAUAAUAAUUGGGUGGGGUGUCAAACAACUGGUAUCCUAGAAGUCAGAAUAAAAAAUUUAAUAUUUAAUAUCCAAGGUGUAUUUAUUUUACAUAAUAAGGAGGUACUUGAAAACAAAUAAAGAACACUGAUGGGUGUCUAUAUUUUAUUUAUAUUUAAGCACCUUUAAGUUAUUACUUAUUUAUUAACACUUAAGGUGUUGAAUUUUAAAAUGAAUAACAUCUAAAAGAUUAUAAUAAAGUAGUAUAAUAUAAAAUAUUCAUAGUGAAUUUGUGGCUAGAUAGAAAAUAUUUUUUUUAUUUUAAAGGUAA